CAUCCCACAGGUCAGUUGCCGCUGACUUCUUGUGAUCGACUGACGUUGCAGGACUCUUGCAAGUGCUCGGCCAAAUUACGAGCCUAUUAGAGUCCUGUAUCGGUCAGAAACGGUCGUCGCGAUAAGUGAGACUGGUAGUCUAUGCUCAGAACUUUGAGUGAUAUAAAUACUCUUUUGUAAAAGACAGUGUAUAAAAGUGUUUGUGACGUAUGAUAAUUUUAAGGAAGAAUGGGGAAGAAGAAGAAGAAUAGUGGAAAGAAAGGGGGGAAUCGCUUCUUCAGGUGGAUAAGAAGCGAUCUACCGGACGAGGAAGACAAGAAAUCACCAGUCCUACUCCUAGGAGUCAACAAGAUCUCUGACUCCCCAUCCUUCGUCAGAAGACGGUCCGUUGAACCACACACUUCAGGAUCCAUAAGGUUCUUCAGACCCCUAAAGUCUAAGUACACAAGGGGUCUCCAUGGAGACGAAAGGUUGGAGAAAAUCAGGCAGGAUCUCCUAGUCCAUAAAAGCAAGCCUGAUACUUACAUUCCUAAUGACCACGAGGUUUCCUUGGAGCCAGAAGAAAGAUGCAUGAGAUUGAGCUGUGUAGGUAGCUGUAUUUGCGACAGAAAGAAAAGCUCUACUAGAGGCUCCUUCUCUUUUCAAAGACCAGAGCCUGGAACACAAAAUUACGAGGAAUCUAAAGACUUUUCUGAAAACGAUAUCGAGUUUAAGUAUACUGAACAUAUACCUCAUUGUCAGCCUUCUAGUAGCAAACAAAGCUACAAUGUCACGCCAAAAUCGACGGAGCGGCGCCAUUUUCUUCUAGCAAACCUCAAUGAAAGAUUCCGUAAGACUCUAAGCUUGGACUCCAGAAAGGUUGAAACUAACCGCGUGGCUGUGAAUUUGGCUAAAGAAACAAGACCGAAAUCUUUGGUAAAUACUAGUAACAUUUGCGUGCAAUCGUACAAAGCAAAUGAGCCGUUUGUAGCACCAAAUUUUAGCAAAGCAUCCCAACCAAAGAAGAAACGUAAAUCGUUUUUCUCUCUCGACACGUUCUUUGAUUCAAAAAAGUCUGACACUUCAUCUAUCGACGACUACUGUUCUUCAAAAUAUAAGCGGUUUGAACUGGAAAGUGAUGACUCACCUCUUUUUAAAAGGGAUAAUGGAGAAAAGACUCCUGACUUACUCAAUCUGCCUGUUAUAAUAGACUCAGUUAGAAAAAAGCAAUCAGACACGAGAAGACAGCUGGAGAAAUUAGAAAACCAUUACUAUAAGAAUAUUCAUAAGACACAGACAGUUAUCGACGCAGUCCCUAAAGACGCUACUAACAUUCAAGGUCCAAGUGGGCAUACCAACCAUUUGUACUUCGAUGAAGACGUGGAAUAUAUUGAGCCAGUUCAGAGCACUUUUACAAGCCAAAGCACACUUAUUUUAGACAAGAACGGAGUUGAGGAACUCAAACCUGACUCCAUUUUGACUAUUAAUACUGAUGAAACUGAUAUAAGAUUGCCAAGCUCGACUGUGUCUCCUAAAUCGAAUGUUGAAGACUUUGAUAGUAUAGGACCUUACGAAAUUGAAGUUAAAGAGUCUGAUUUAGUUAAAGUAGCGAAGGAUUUGACAGUCAAAGUGAUGGAUAAAUCAGUGGAUUCUAUAGGCAGCUGUUCCCUGGAUGUCGACGCUAGUACCGAUUUCUCAGAUACCACAUCAGGAAGUCUGAACCUUCUGACACCCUCUUCGACAACCAGUCGGAUCCGAGACUUCACAUCCCGUCUACAGGAACGGGCAGGGUCCAACCUUCAGCCUAACUACCUGGCCAGCCCCACGCCCGUCGCCACCCCCGUCCGAACCCCAGAAGACACCACACCCACCCCCAGGAAGUCUGAGAAUCUCCUCAAACCACCCCCCAAGGUCUAUGUCGACACCUCAAGCCACAGAUCUAGAGGACACCAUAAAAAACGGGACGAGUUACCCCAUAAAAAACCCAGCUAUCUUAACCUAGCCUGCUCUGUCAACGGAUACACGAAUCUUACUACAUAUGAUUCGAAAUUAAGGCAGGAUAUAAACAAAAGUCGAGAGGCUUCUCCAAUAAGGCCUAUUACACACACUUACCAGUAUAGAAGCGAAAAUAACUCGCUCCUCGUCCCAGUUCCGGUCAGUGCGAAUAAACUGCUGGUGCCAACAUUCGGGCCCCAUGAUACGCGCGCUGAUUUGACACAAAAAGCGCCUACUAAGGCGCACACAGACCCUUACUUAGCCACGUCACCUUUUAAUGUCUACAUGGCGGCCGAAAAUAAACAGUUAAAGAACGACUUUUUAGGCAAUAUGACGACUAGCAGCCGUCCUUACAUAUCGAGCGAAAGCAAGAAUUUCGCCACAUCAAUGCUUCAUAAAACCGAUGAAGUAGAUAAUUCUAAGGAGAUCACCUUCAAAUCCAGUUAUUCGGAGACGAAUUUCAGGAAGACCGUGACUUCUAAUGGCAAAGAGACCAGGUUCAGCUCUGAAUCUUACACCAUUUCUUCUAAUGGGGUCUCUAAAAGAGUAGAAAUCACGAAGGAGAAUGGGGAACAGUUAACAAGUCCUAUGAAGAGUUUUAUUCAGCAACGGGUGGAAAGACUUUACGGGCCAGGCGCUCUAGCUCAAGGGUUCUUCAACCAGAAGCGCCAUAAACUCAAAAGCACCAGCGAGGAUGACGACCCUAAGGUUUUAACUGAAAAAUCUCUGAACACACCUGAAAGAGUCCCCAGAAAACUCGAGAAGAGUCCUGAGGAGAUUGAGAAGGAUCUGUGCACCAGUCCUAACGGGGAGAUGGAUUCCAGCGUGUCCCUACCAGUUCUAAGGCAUCUAAGGCCUGAAUUCCGCGCUCAACUGCCUAUAAUUUCGCCAAAGAAGUGUGUGAAAAGUGAUCUGUCUCCGCAGAAGAUUGAAGACAUUCCUAAGUUGGAAAAGACUGAGAAAGAACAGGAUAAAAGUUCAGUGUCGGUUACAAAUGGUAUUUCUGUGAUAAAACUCGAUAGUGAUGUUGGUGAUGAAUCGGUGAUUAGUGUUAAUGGUGAUUCGAAUGGUGUUGAGGUGGUGAAGGAUGCUCAUUACUUCUUGAGCUUGGAGAAGAAGGAGACGGAGAGGCUGUUGGCUCUUGCUGCUACUGCUGAGAAGGAGUUGGAAGAUUUACAGAAUCGCGAGGAUGUGAGCGAGGAAGUGCUGGGCUUCCUCCGAGCCGCGUCCGGCAAGGCGAGGCUUCUCGCUACACAGAAGAUGCAGCAGUUUGAAGGCCUCUGCUACAACAAUAUAAACGAGCGACAAGACGAGCCGUUCCCUACUACAGUUGAAGACUUACAAGGGUUUUGGGACAUGGUGUGUCUACAAGUCGCUAAUGUCGACGCUAUAUACCAGCAUAUAGCUGAACUCAAAGCUAAUAAUUGGCAGGAGAUAGCAGUAACAGUGAAACCCCAGCCGUCCACUCCAGUAACGUCUCCGCCGCGCCGCGCCCGCGCUACUCCGGUCGUCAAGAACGAGAAGGCACGACUAGCGGCCGAGAAACGAGAAGCUGAUAGAAAAGCUAUGUUGGAGCAUAGGAGACGCGUGGCUCGCGAGCGUCAGCUGGCGGCGCGGGCGGCGGCGCCCGGCACCAGCCACGACCUGCACAAGGACAUGGGCAUCGAGGGCAGCCAGGAGGUAGAAAUCUUCGUAGGCAAGACAGCGAAACCGUCGAAAGUGGCUCCGAAAGGUGACUGCAUGAGCUCCGAGCGCUCUGAGGACUCCAUGGUCGAGGAGAGCUGAUCACAUCACCUUUAGAUACACCCGCAUACUGCAAACUUUUAGUCGGACCAUAGUUUUUUGAGAUCAUAAAUCAAUAUGUAAAUUAAUAGAAGCACACGUAACAACGAUUAGUUAAUUGUCCGGUAUCAGACCGACUAAAAACUUUGUUCAUCACUAGCUGAUCCCGCGAACUUCGUAUCAUUCAAACCUUCCCUGGACCUCUACAAACAUUUUAAAACCAAAAUCAGCUCAAUCGGCCCAGCCAUUCUCGAGUUUUAGUGAGACUAACGAACAGCAAUUCAUUUUUAUUUAUAUAGAUUAUUCAUUUAUCGUCCCACUGCUGGGCUCAGGCCUCCUCUCACACGGAGAAGGAUUGAGCAUUAAUCACCACGCUUGCUCAAUGCGGGUUGCUGAUUUCAAAAUUUAUAGGCAGUUCAGGUUUCCUCAAGUUGUUUUCCUUCAAUUACUCAGUCAUUGUUGUCCAAUAUAUACUUAGAAAGUGCAUACAAACUUGGAAAGGUUGCAUUGGUACUUGCCAGACCUGGAAUUGAAACCAAACAUACUUGAGAGGUUGGUUCUUUACCCACUAGGCCACCACAACUUAAUAGUUUGAUUGGGCUCAUAAAUCAGUAAGGAAAUGAAUGGUACGCACAUUACAAAGAUCAGGUAUUUAAUCAGUAUCAGACCGAAUGAAAACUUAUAUUGGAUUCACGCUUUUCUUAAGGAAAAUUUGUUAAGCAACUAUUGGUCGACUGUUUAGUUUGCAGUGUGCGAAAGCGCUUAGAUUUACUAUAAACCCUGAUAAAAAUUGUCUACUAAACUUUGUUAGUAAAUGCCCAAGUUUAUCAACAAUAUAAACAUCUGUUUUUCUUAAAAUUAUUUACUUUGAUCGGGACAAUUCAUUGAAAAUAGUUGUUUUGAGAAAACUGACGUUUAUGAUGCCGGUGAAUCUUGGGUCCUUGGGAAGAUUGUACUAUUUAACUAUAACGAUAACCAAACCAUAACCAGCCGUAUACUUGCCGCCCAUUGGUCACAUCGGUGGUUUGACAACUGAAAAUGGUUCGGUUAUCGUUAUAGUUAAAUGGUGUAACUCACUCUUUUUACAAAAAAAAGUUGAAAAAACGCAAAGUUUUUUUAUUAAAAUGUGUUCAAUGUCUGUUUAAUUUUUAUUGUCGUUGUAAUAACACCAUUUUAUGCUUUUUUCUUCAUGAACAUGAAUAUGAAGUAUGAUAUGGUUCUUAAAGUUACCGUUGUUAAAAAAGCUUUAAAAUUCUUUUUUUGCGGUUCGUUUAAGAUUUACGGUGCCACGGACAUACAGACACAUACCAAUCAAACUUAUAACUUAAAAUCUACAUGUUGUACCACAAAACAUAUUAAACGUCUGUUAAACACUUGUCUAAAAAAAUUACAAAUUAUGACGUUGAAAUAAGGUCCGUUUUCCAGCCACACUUUUGGAUAAGUGGCUAAGAUAGUAAGGCUUUACAUGUUUAAAAAUAAAGUUUAGUAGACAAUUUUUGCAACAGAAAAAGUCCUAUGAAAACAUGAAGUUUUUUGUAUGAAAAUGUAUGUAAUUAAAUAAAAAAAAUAUGAAAUUAUGAUACUCAACUUUUGUAGGAAUAUGGAAUCGUAUUAACAUUGUUUGUUUAUUCACAGUAAAUUAUUGUUUUAAUUCAUUUUUUUUUACAUUCACAUUUAUAUUUUGUAGUUUACAAUUUUAAUUGGUUUUAUUUGUUGCAAUGAUUAUGGAAUUUUUAUACUUUUAACUAUGAAUUUUUAGUUUCUCAUCGAAGAUGUAAUAAUGGUUGAUUUUAAUAUAUUUUGUAAACUUGACGGUUAAAAUUGUAAAUUAUAAAAAGAAAUCAUUAAAAAAAUAUAUUCAUUCAUCACUAAUGAUUUUUUUAUGAGAUCGAUUAGCGCAGAAAAGCUAAAAAAAUAUCUUUAGUUUUAUUUUUUCGUUAAUUCGCCCUCAUAUUAUUCCGAUUUUACCCUUGUAAGUAGCUUCUGUAAAAAUUACGUAAGUUUUAAGAAGUUCUAAGAAAUUAAGCAAGUGACUUAGAAAGGGAUUUUACAUGUGUAAAUUUAUCGUAAAUUAAUUACAUAAGCUAUUUACAAGUGUAAUUUUGGCAUUAUGAAACACUAAAAAAAUAAUAAAAAUACGAUUUUGCACAUUCCUCUUAAAAUUAAUAAUUAUUUAUUUUUAAUCAUGUUUGUACAACAUAUUUUCGCAUUUUCGCUAAUUAUUGUAAAUAUUGUAAACGCCUAAAAUUUUAAUGUACUGUUGAACAGGUAUUUAUGCCUCUUUUGUGAAGGGGAAGUAUCAAGAUUUUAUAGAAA